UUUUUCUUUUUUUCCCAAAGUAACCUGAAAUGUACUCCCAAGCAAAAAUGAAUUCAGAGAAUAGUUACCCGUACAAUAACUACCCAGGAUUGCAAUGUGAGCCUGAACAUAGGUAUUUCAGUCAAGAGAGGUCUCAAUCAUUGCCAUUUCAACAACAGCAUCCAGAUCAACUGGCUACCGAUUCUGCAGAUGGACAGCACAAAGCAUGUCCUUUAUUUAGUGAGCUACCCUCAUAUGGUCCCACUCACUCAUUCAAGCAUGAGCAGUUACCAUAUCCUAAUGAUAAAUGGCCUUAUCUGUAUUCAAAACCAGAAAUUCCAAGCAAGCACCCAAAAAAUCCUGAUGUAUCAGCAUUCUAUCCUCCCAAUGAGGGAAAGGAGUCCAUUAAACAAGAAGAAACUGAUCAAGCCAAGGUAGAAAAAAAAUAUUUUCAUGGAACAGCAGAAACUUUUGAUGAUAUCCUAAAAUCGUACUAUGGGAUGAAAAAAGACCAUAUACAAGACAGAAUAUCUUUGCAGAAAAGCAAUCAUACCCAGACUACUAAAGGAAGUCAUUGGGAAGCAAGGUUGUGUGACCAAAAUGUUGGAGCGCAAUUCCAGGAAGGUCAGAAAUAUUUCCAACGUAAAGAAGCGGCUGGAGACAGCCAUAUUGCAAAUGUUGGAUUUGAUUAUCUGUGUGGAAAUUGUCCUGGGAAGAGAGUUGAAGAACAUGACAAUUAUGAGGCUGAGGAACACUAUUAUGAAGAUGAGGCUGAUGAACACUAUUAUCAAGAUGAUGCUGAUGAACACUAUUAUCAAGAAGAGGCUGAUGAACACUAUUAUCAAGAAGAGGCUGAUGAACACUAUUAUCAAGAUGAUGCUGAAGAAGAAUAUGACCAACAUGUGGAUGUGGAGGAAUGUGUUCAACAUGAGGCUGUAGAAGAAUGUGUUCAACAUGUGGCUGUGGAGGAAUGUGUUCAUCAUGCGGCUGUGGAAGAUUGUGUUCAACAUGUGGCUGUGGAAGAAUGUGUUCAACAUGUGGCUGUGGAAGAAUGUGUUCAACUUGAUGAUGUAGCAGAAUGUCUUCAACAUGUGGCUGUAGGAGAAUGUGUUCAACUUGCGGCUGUGGAAGAAUGUGUUCAACAUGAGGCUGUAGAAGAAUGUCUUCAACUUGAGGCUGUGGAAGAAUGUGUUCAACUCGAGGCUGUGGAAGAAUGUGUUCAACAUGAGGCUGUGGAAGAAAAUGGCAAGGAUAAAAUUAAGGCAGGCUUCCAAAUUGAGGAUGAGCAAGUAAAUGCUCAAGCCAAUGCACAAAGCGAUGCUCAAGAAAAGAUUGUUGUUGAUGGACUUGCUCAUGAAGAACUUCAAACUGAUAAUGAUUUUGGGCUUGGUAAAUACUGUGAAAUAAUUGUUAAUAAAGUAUCGCAAUUUACGAAGACUUUCAUCAAACAAGAAGAUAUUGUGUGUAAUGGUGCAUUCAAAUUAGAAUCAUCAUUUAAUGAGAGAUUAAAACUCAGCUCAAAGGUUGUGAAGACAUACCCUGACAGAGUACCUGUGAUCGUGGAGCGUGCUGCCCGGUCUCGCAUUGGUGACCUGGACAAGAAGAAAUAUCUGGUGCCCAGCGACCUCACCGUUGGUCAGUUUUAUUUCCUCAUCCGCAAGCGUGUCCACCUUAAGCCUGAAGAAGCUCUCUUCUUCUUUGUCAACAACGUCAUACCUCCCACCUCCUCCACCAUGGGGGCUCUCUACCAGGAGCACAAGGAGGAGGACAACUUCUUGUACAUCGCCUACAGCGACGAGAGUGUUUACGGCGGCUGCUCCUACCUCUAUUAGUUAUGAAUUAUAGCUGCGGUACCCAUGCUGCUCAGUGACUGGGGUCAACGAGCCAGUCAAUGGCUACAGGAAGAACAAGGGCUACGCGGAUAUAUUCUACCAAUUAUUCCUAACUCGGUGAUCCACUCGUACAGCAGCCUACGUCUGACAUGCGGCGUUCUAUCAUCACAAUGUUACCAACAUCAUUACAUUAUUUUUAACAAUACGGUAUUUAUAAUGUUUAUCGGCUAAUCCAACACCGUUAUAAAGGAAACGCCCAUCAUCUCCGCUCAGCCCAUCAAAUAUAAAAUAUAAUUCGCAUUACUUUUAUGCUUCCAGUAAAUGCGAAAUUUUAUUCUUUAUUUGUCUUCAACAAUUCCCACUUGCAAGAUAGAGAAUUGUUAUAUUCAAUAUUGCGUUUUUAUAACAGUAAAUCAAAUGUGGAAAGACGCCAACAAUCUUGAGUGCCCGGUUAUUGUUCGGAGCUCGUAAUAUUGAAGCGGAGCUCGAGGCAUAGCAGUGGCUUGUGAUAUAUGUUAAGAAUGCCGCUUUUCUGCACAGUCUGUGUCUGAGAUUCUUUUAGCACUCUAAACUGCUUAUUCUGUUACGACUCUAAUGCGAAACCUCUGGCGUGAUGCUGAUAUAAUUUCUUAGGUAGCUACUCCCAGUAUGACAGCUUCUGUGUACUUGGGUUCAGUGUCUCUCAACAAGUGUAACUUGUAACAAAUUUCUUUCAAAUUGUUUCUCGAAAAUGUAUCCGGUUUUGUCUUCCUUGUGUAUGAUGACAUGGCUGAAUAGAUAUUCGGUCGCGCGUCUGCCUCCUGUUAAAUUCUCUUGCCAUUCGGCUGACGUUCUUCCCAUUUUUAUUGCAUUUUCACUCCUGAAAAAUAUGAUAGAGUUUUUCUUUAAGAACAAAGUCAUCCAACCUUUGCAUUUGACGACUGAUUAAUCGAAUUUAUCAAAAACUUGCUGAGAAAGGAAAAAAAUCGUGUCUGUCCAGAAUAUCGUGCUUGGAAAAGGUUUUUAGUUCAUAUGUAAUAGUGAGGGAAAGAUCCCACGUACCUUCGUAACCGUGUGGGGUGCUUGAAAUCUAUAUUCAAAAAAUGAACCGCCUCUUUAUCUUCAUUUGCUUGUCAGGAAUUUUAUUGUACUGUUUAACGAGUCGGCACUUGUCCGACAUUAGCUUUAAUUCAAAGGACGCAGUGGUAGCCUAUCGGGGAUUUUUUUAUGUUAAUGUUACUGCCUUGACUUCUCGGAAAUAGCGACUCGCUGAUAUUCUUAACUCGGUGACUUCAUAAUAGUUCAUUUUGGUCCACAGUUUUGGUCCCGUUACUUCAAAUCUCCAAAACCGGCUACUUCUUCAAUGUGAAUGCGGUUAAAUUUUACAUGUCGAAUAUCCCUGUCAUGCAUUUACAGAUUUAUUAUUCACACGGUGCACCUCGAGGCACGUGUGUAAGGGAUAGCUAUUCACGGUACGUGUUCACGGAUUCGCAUAACUCGGCUUAGCGCUCACUGGAGUGAGGUUGGCGGCACUUGUAUUCUAUUUAUAAUGCUUGGGUGUAGUCACCACGUAGAUCUUAUUAUUCUUGACAUUAAGGAUCAUAUUACAUUUAGCAACUUUUUUGUGCAUUAGAAUAGCAAGGAUUCCUUUAGCGUUUCGAGUUCAGUCGUAUACCGUACUAUUCACUUGUUGCUUCUUAUUUCUUCUCCAGCUUUAUAUUAUCAUACCAUGUUUGUGGAUAUCGUAGACGUGCAAAUAAAUGUCGUUCCCGACUACUGAAUGUUUCAGAUUCAUUCUUAGGUCCCGCCUACAGAUUUAAGAGAUUCGAAGUUUUAAGGUAAUUCACUACAUUCUCCGAUCCAUAGUCAAAAGAUUUAUUAUCUAUUCGCAAUCUCGAUUCCUAAAUGGUAAUUUUGAUGUUGCCGCUGGAGUCAAGUCAUGCCGGCAUUUCCUGCUGAUGACACUGCUUUGGCUUGAUGCUGCUAUGCAAGACUUGGAUGUGAACACGCGGCUCUUGAAGACAUUGGGGAAUCAAAAUUAUUUUCAUGAACUGUGCGCAUUCGCGAACAUCAUAGAAAAUGACGCACGUUCAUUCAGGCGGAUUACUCAGUUUUUCUAAAUUAUGUUUCCCUAAAUUAUACCUAAACCAAUUCUCUACGCCUCUGUGGGGACUUCACACAAUAUUGUUCCCUAGAAUUGGAUGUUCAUAAUUGAAUCUAAAUUAAUUAUUUCGCUAGAGAAGUAAUACCAAAGUCAAUUAAGUGGCUGUCGAGAUUUAUUUUUAAAAUUUCCCGUAAACUGGAUCUGAAAAAAAUUGACAAUAGUUUCAUUGGUUUGUUGAACCAAACUAAAUUAAACAUUAACAACCAAAGUUGUGUUGUGCUAUCUCCAUGCAUGUGUUGCACACUUAUUUCCUUUUUAUUUAAGUCAGAGUUGCAUAUAAUUAAUUCACUGUCAUCACACAUUGCAUCUCAAGCAUGGAACUUCUCGCAAAGCUUGGCGACUGACGAGUGCAAGCUAGAGUUUACCACACCAUCUACAUCGUUAUUUUAAAUAACGGAUUUCAGGUAGAUCAUUUGCUCCACAAGAGUUCGAAUGUUGAAUUCAAGCUAAAGUACUAUUAGCCUCGCAUACCUGCAGAAAUUGUCUUUGUCGAGUCAUCUUGACAUGUCAAUUAUUGGGCCAAUUACUUUUUUUGUGAUAUAAUUGCUAUUAUAAUAUUCGGGAAUUUGCGUUUGCUCAUGAUCUUCGUUCUGGAUAACGCUGUCAUGGUAUCUUGUUUCAAUAAAUUGACAUAGACAUA